AAGCCGAGAGCCCUUUCGGCUGCCCACGUCCCCACUCCUCCCACCUUUUUUAACCUUUCUCCUCUCUCUCUCUCUCUCUCUCCCCCCUCACCAUCGCGGCGGCCGCCACCACUACGCGCAGCAACCGGCAGCAGCAGCAGAGGAGGAGGCCAGGGCAACCCGCAACCCCAAACCCUACUCCCGCCGCGCCACCGCCAUGGCCGACCCAGCGGAGCACCGUGAGGAGGAGGAGGAGGCCGCGGCGGCGGCGGCGGGCGAGGACGAGGACACCGGCGCCCAGGUCGCGCCCAUCGUCAAGCUCGAGGAGGUCGCCGUCACCACCGGCGAGGAGGACGAGGAGGUCCUCCUCGACAUGAAGUCGAAGCUGUACCGCUUCGACAAGGAGGGGAACCAAUGGAAGGAGAGAGGCACCGGCACGGUGAAGCUGCUGAAGCACAAGGAGACCGGCAAGGUCCGUCUCGUCAUGCGCCAGGCUAAGACGCUCAAGAUCUGCGCCAAUCACCUCGUGGCGACGACCACGAAGAUGCAGGAGCACGCCGGCAGCGACAAGUCGUGCGUGUGGCACGCGCUGGACUUCGCCGACGGCGAGCUCAAGGAGGAAAUGUUCGCCAUACGCUUUGGAUCCGUCGAGAACUGCAAGAAGUUCAGGGAGAUGGUAGAAGAGAUUGCUGAGCAGCAAGGAAAGAACGAGGAGAAAGAAAAUGAGGAAGUCUCCUCUACUGCAGGGUUGGUUGAGAAGCUUUCAGUGACCGAGACAAAAAAGGAGGAAAAUGCAGAGAAAGAGGAGACUCCUGCAGAAGAGGAUAAGAAGGACGCUAAAGAGUGAAAGCACCCGCAACCUCUAGGCAGCUUUGAUAUGCCUGAAGCGAGUGAAGUGUUAAAUGAGCGUCAUUUCAUUCAUUUUGUGGUCAAAGUUCUUCCUUUCACAAAUUUUCAUUGUGUUUUCUUUUGGAUGAAUGUUUGUGCUAGGCAAAAUUUGAGUUGUAUCAGUCGGGUUCUUGGUUACUACACUGUUACUUAAACCUUGAGUUGUUUAUCCGAGAUGGGGUGGCGGAGUGGGGGCACAGCAUGUUUGUACAAUUAUUUGAAGUUGCUUUUGGAAUGGGCACGGUUUGGGUUGUCCAAAAUUUGGACGGUGAUGCCCUGUCACUCACAA